AAUAGAGUAUGGCAGCUGAAAGCUGGGGAAGCAAAGCUGAGAUGUUCCUGAUUGAGGGGCUUGUGCCAAAGCUGGACUCUGAGGAGGUGAAAGGGAAGAUGCUCGAGGAUGUGAUCUCCUCCAUAUGGAACUUCCUCAGCUAUGUGGCCCUGCUGCAAGUCACAUCUUUUAGCCUAAAGAAAUUGGAAAGCAUGUGAAGAUGGGCAUCACAUGUGAAUGCAUGAUAUGAGGAGCCCAGUUACAAUUUCUACUCCUAUCUGCAAAUGAAUUGGCCCAGAAAGAUGUGAGGGACUCUUUGAUUGAAUGGAUAUAAAAAUUCUACUUGUUAAGAACAAGUUUGGCUCUGGUAACUGACCUUCAUAGCUAUAAUUUAAAACUACUUGAGAAGUAAAGAUAUUUUGUAGUGAUAGUACACCCAUAUACCUGUGACAUUCAGCCUGUGUGAAUCUUGAAAUAAUAGUAAGUAAUGUCAAACUCCAUUUUCUAACAAGUAUUAAUUAUAAGGGAAUUAUGUCUCCAAAAAAAAUUGUGUGUGUGUGUGUAUACACAUACCUGUUUUGAUAAUUAAGUAACAUUACUUUGGGAUGAAUUUAUGAUUUUCUUCAUAAGUUUUUUCUUAUAGAAGAAGUAAUACAGAUAGCUUAGAAAUUGAAAAACAAAACAACCCACAACAACCUAAACACAUCAAUAGCCAUUCUUAGUUUCCUAAUCCGUCUGCUUCAUCAGAUAUUUCUUUCAUACUUUCUCUGAGCAGAUGCUGAAGUUACAAUGUUGAGUAUUUGAGAUGCCAUCCCUGCUGCUCUCUAAAAAUUUCUCUGAAGGAUGGGUAAGGAAGCAAAAGGAUGAGUAAGGAAAAUGAGGUGGAAAAGUGUACUAAGCCAAGGGAAUAGCUCCUGCAAAGCUCUGGGUGUGAGACAGCCUUUUGAGGAAAUCCACCUAUGACGUCACUGUUCAGGGUGGGGUAGAGAAAAUAGAUGUGGGUCUAGGCAGGUGGGAGGAGACCAGAUAAUGCAGUGUAUUCUUUAAGACAUGUGCAUAUUUUCUACACAGUUUUAAAGAUAUUUUAUAUCCUACCCACCCUGGGCCCCAACUUAAGAUAUCUCAGAUUCUUGGAAUUGGUUGAUAGAAGACCUUGAAAGUCUGCAGAGUAUUGAAUUCUUCAGGAUUCAGUAGAAUAGAGGGGAGAUGAGAAAGGAUAGAGGAGUUGAUUCCUUUCAUGACCAGAUCGCAUCCUUAAGAAUAGAGGAAGUGAAGACAGAGGAAACACACAAAGAGGAGGAGGGAUCCAGUGACAACAUCCCCAGUAUAGGUCUUCCUCUGUUUAGUCUUCUGUAUUGAGGCCUUCCUCAAGAUGUAGAACUACAAAGUCUUGUUUUCUUAAACAUUGAAGCAAGUGAGUCCUAAAGGGUGGAAGAAUGGUAGGACCCCUUCUAUCUUGGACUACAAGUGUCCAACAGUGUUCUCCAUAAAAAAAUAUUAAAAAAAAAAAACCGUAGGAUUCUAUGAAAGUAGGAGUAAAGUCUAUUAAAAGCUAUGGUUUUCUGAAGACUUAACACCUUUUCAUUCACUUCAUCCUUUUGUGUAUUGUUUUCAUGUCAAUAUAAAUUUUGUGAGUAUCAUUAAGGGUGCCUAUUACAUUUACUCAGACCUACUGUUGAAAGGAAAAGGCUUAACCAAAACCAUCUGUGAACAGGAAGCUGUUCAGCAUCCUGAUUUUUAAUUUUUUUU